AAAGAAUGAAGAAGGAGAUCACGGAGAAAGUAUCGCUCUCGAAGAAUAGAAGCAUAGAUCCGAUAAAUAUUGUAGGAUCUGGAUCAGAUAGGAAAACUAUUGCUACUUGCAAUGCAAGAAGAGGAGAAAAGGAUAAUGACUAUUGUCCAGUUUGUAAAAAAGCAUACUUACAAAGCAAUGAAAACUGGUAUCGGUGCAAGAUCUGUAUUAAAUGGGUAAAAAGGAGGUACAGGCGGAGAAGAUGGAAGCACGGAAGCAGUGGGAGAGACAAAGAUAGAGGCAGGGGCGCGACCUCGUCUUUGCGCUAAACCGAUCGCUAUUACGAUUCACGACAAAGUCCGUGCACGGCCGCAGCAAAGCUAGGACGUCGGCGUCGUCUCACGUCUCAAGCGAGGGGACAUUAGCGCGAACUACGAAAGUUCUCUCCCAGCGGGAAUCGCGCCGAUGGCGCGUGGACAACUUAUGAAUCCCGGAGCUUUUUAAAGCACGCCAGGCCGAAGAGACCAACGAACCCCGACGAUAUUCGACGAUCGUGCGAUGCGCGCGGGAGCUCCUCGCGAGCGGUUCUAGCACCGGAAUCGCUCCGCGAUCGUUGUCAUCUCGGCGGCUUGUCUCCUCAGGGUUGCGCGAGGAAAGUCUGUGCAGAAAGGAACGGUUCGCGAGCAUCGGAAGAAAGAAGAAUCGUUCGACGACGCAGGGGAGGGAGAUGGUAUCGUGGCGCGGAAGUGGUAGGGGAUUCGAAGAUUAAAUUACGUUGUUCGGUCCGCGAGACCAAACAUCAGUUUCGUUUACUAUCAGUUCCGUGUCGGAUUCCUUGUCAGAACUUCGGGGAGGAACUUUGACGGCGAAUGAAGAGGAACGAUGCGCUUUUAGCAGCGUUCAGAAACCUGGUGACAUCGAGAGCCGGACGGGUCGAAGAUCGCCGAGGAACGGGACAGGCGAACGGGACGAGAAGAUGAAAUACAAGGUGAACGAUCCGGAGGACCAUGACGGGGUCACGCAGCCGGGAGAAACGAGAGGGAACAACCCAGUGCUUUCGUGGUCGCACGGUCCGAGCAACGUGGAGAAGAAGUUGAUGAUGAUCGUCGGCUUGUUAAUGGUGGCCGUGGUCGCGUUGACCGUAACGCUGACCUUGCAAGUAGCCGUUUUCCGUAAAGAGGAUUAUUACAAAGAGAUAUGCCAGAGCGCGGAAUGCGUCAAAACAGCCACCAGGAUAAUAGAGGCGAUGAACAGAUCGGUCGAUCCCUGCGACGACUUUUACCAUUUCGCAUGCGGCGGGUGGAUCCAGAAGAAUCCUAUACCGCAGAGCCUGGCCGACUGGGACCAGAUGAGCGUUCUCAGGGAACAGCUGCUCCAGCAUCUGAGGCUGAUGCUCGAGGGGCCGGAUAAAGAAAGCGACCCGAGAUCGGUCAAGAUGGCCAGAACGCUGUACAGAACUUGUAUGGACACGACGAGCAUCGAAGCUUUGGGGUUGAAGCCGGUCCACGAUGUCUUGGACAGACUGGGCCUACCGAAAGUUCCACCGCCCCGCUCCAGCAACUGGACCGUGGACGUCGCGGGACUCGCAGGAACGGUGCAAAGAGUCCUCGGCUUGAACGUGUUCGUUCAUUUCUACGUGAGCGAGGACGUUCGGGAUAUAACGAAGAACAGGAUGAUGCUGGCACAGGUGCUCCCAGAGAUCAGCGAACGUUACCUUCGGAACCCGCAGCAUGUUCGCUCGGAAUUGAACGAGUACAAGAGAUACAUGAGAAACAUGGUCGAACUGGCCGGCAUGGGCAACAAAAGCGCCGCGUUCGCCAACGAAAUUUUAGAUUUCAGUAAGAAACUCGCUAUGAUAAUGGCGACGUCGGAGGAGAAGCGAAGCGGGACCUAUCUGUUUCACGAACUGAGCAUCGACGAUCUGCAACAGGUCACGGAUCUACACGCGCAACAGUGGAAUUGGACGAGAUACAUAGAAGCUGUCUUCGAUAACACCAACGUGACGAUAAACUCGACCGGCGAUCGCGCGAUCGUGAUCGAUUUACAAUAUCUGCAGAAACUGCCGAAACUGUUAGCGGCCACGCCGUCGUCCACCAUAGCGCGUUUCAUGUGGUGGGGCAUCUAUUCGACGAUCGCUCCGUUGACGUCGCAACGAUUCCGCGAUCUGGGCUUCCAGUCGUUGCGAAAUAUUUUCGGGCUAACGGAGAAGAGAGCCAGAUGGAAGGAAUGCGCCGAGAACGUGAACGCGAACUUCGGCAUGGCGAUGAGCUACGUUUACGGGGAGAAGUACUUCGACAAACGGUCUCGGGAAAAAAGUUUAGAGAUGCUGAUGGACGUGAGGGACGCGUUCGACGAGAUGCUCGCGGAGCUGGACUGGAUGGACGUCGCGACGAAACGUCGAGCGCACGAUAAGUUGCGCGCGAUCAGACCGUUCGUCGGGAUUCCGGAAUGGAUCGCCGAUUCCGACAAGCUGGACAAGUAUUACGAGUCGUCAGAGAUCGUGCCAGGGAAACUAUUCGAGACGUUUUUGAGACUGACCGACGCAUGGGUCAAAAAAAGUUUGAAUAGAUUGCGCGAGAAACCGGAUAAGAAUCGAUGGAUAGCAGCGGGCACGACGGUGAACGCGUUUUACAGCGCGAGAUUAAAUUCUGUUACUUUCCCAGCCGGCAUCUUACAUCCCCCGUUUUAUGGGAACGGUCUAGAAUCUAUCAACUACGGGGCAAUGGGUGCGAUCAUGGGUCACGAGCUGACGCAUGGAUUCGACGAUCAAGGUCGUAGAUACGACGGGGCCGGAAAUUUGAAACAGUGGUGGAGCGAGGAGACGUUGCAACAUUAUCAAAAGAAAGUCGAGUGCAUAAUUAAGCAGUACGGUAACUACCGGUUUCCAGAGCUGGACAAUGAUUUAACGGUAAACGGUGUGACUACGCAAGGAGAGAACAUCGCGGACAACGGCGGCAUACGCGAAGCUUACAGGGCGUAUCGGAAACACGAAGCGCGAUCAGGCGUCCAAGAAAUUUUGCCCGGCUUAGCUGAAUAUAGCCGAGAUCAACUUUUUUUCUUAGGUUUCGCGCAAGUAUGGUGCGGCAAUUACACUAACGGCGCAUUAAAAUUGAAACUGAUAGGAGGAGUACACGCGCCGAAUCAUUUCAGAGUUAUCGGUACUCUGUCGAACAACGCGGAUUUCGCAAAUGCGUGGAACUGUCCGAUCGGAAGUCCGAUGAACCCAGUCGACAAGUGCGUUUUGUGGUGAACAAUACAAAACAAUGGUGUUCGCUUAAAUUAUUGAUCACAGAACAAUUAUCGGAAAUCCGUA